AUGGGUAUCCUCCACUUCCAAUUCUGGAGCGCAGACCAAACGACUCCAACUUUGAAGCUGCGGGGCGAAAAGGAAGAUGUCGAGACCGCAGCUGCGAAUACUUCCAUGACCAGCUCUUUAAUUGGCCGGCUGUUCCGCUCCGGCGGCAAAAGAGGCAGGCUGCGGGCAAGCCCGUUUCGGCUCGGUCUAUGGGUCGCAGGCACCUUUUGUGCCGCGAAAGUCUUUAACGAGCAUGCUUACGAGCUCCAACUUUCCUCGGGCCCGUCAAUGUACCCGACAAUACACUUCAAAGGCGACUACCUAUUAAUCUCGAAGUAUUACAAGUACGGAAGGGGAAUUGCGGUCGGCGAUAUCGUUACCUUUAAGCACCCAUCCUAUGUGAUGAUGGCGGCGAAGAGGGUGGUCGGAAUGCCGGGAGACUAUGUGUUGGUUGAUCCGGAGGAUCAUGGAGGCCCUUUGGCGAAGAUGAUCCAGGUUCCUGAAGGUCAUAUCAUGGUCACUGGUGAUAACCUACCUUGGUCAAGAGAUUCGAGAGAUUUCGGUCCACUCCCAAUGGGUCUAAUCUCGGGGAAAGUAAUUGGGAAAAUGUGGUGGCCACUCAACUAUCAGCGUAUGGAGAACUCGCUGAAACCCGUCGAAGACAUCUCAAGGAGCCAGCCAUGA